AUGGGAGGAUGGUGGCGGAUCCCGCGCGUCGCCUGCCCUGCUGACCGCUGCACGUCUCAUUGUGUAGAGUACUCCAUCCCCAUCCACAAAUACUUCUUCCCUAUCAUCUUCCUCCUGGGGAUGUUCCUGUGGUCCUUGCUUGAGUACCUCAUCCAUCGCUUUGUCUUCCACAUGAAGCCACCCGCUAGUAACUACUAUCUCAUCACCCUGCACUUCUUGCUGCAUGGGCAGCAUCACAAGGGCCCCUCCGACAGCUCCCGCUUGGUCUUCCCUCCCGUGCCGGCCUCGCUGGUGAUCGGCUUCUUCUACGGCGUCCUGCGGCUCCUGCUGCCCGAGGUGCUGGGGCUCUCGGUGUUCGUCGGGGGGCUCUGCGGCUACGUCGUCUACGACAUGAUGCACUAUUACCUCCACUACGGCUCGCCCAGGAAAGGCACCUACCUGUACGGGCUGAAGGCUUACCACGUCAAGCACCACUUCGAACACCAAAAAUCAG